CUUCCUAUUGAACCAUAACCAACACCAUCAAUCUAGGUGCAUAACAAGGAUGAGGAACUGCAACACAAGUCCCUUGGCCCCAUAAAUCCACUAAAAUCAUUUUGAGACACCCUUCUCGACAGCUCGGUGGUUAAAACCUCAUCAAUGGUGACAUAUGAAGAGCUGGUUGAAGCAAAUCUUGCGGUAGAACUCCCCAUGGCUGAGGAUGGGGUAGAUACAAUGAAAGCAAAGGUUCCAAAGGUGAAGAUUGCCAAAGCUAUUUGGCAACACCUAUGUGUGUUGUGGAAGAAUGUAGUUAUCAUUAAGCUCCUUGAGAAAUCUAUAAAUUUUCACAUUCUUCAUGCUCAAUUACUGAAAGAAUGGAAAACAGAGCAGGAGUAUGAAGUUAUUGACGUUGGCAUAGGAUACUUCAUUGUGCGGUUUGCCACUCAGGAAGAUUACUCAAGGGUUUUAAUGGGAGGCCCAUAUAAAUUCUUUGAUCUCUACUUAACAGUCCAAUCGUGGGAGCCGAGUUUCCAUCCAGCAAGAGCAAAGGCACCAAAGACUGCAGUCUGGGUUAAGUUACAUGGAGUGUCGUUAAUGUGCUUUUAAGAGGCCAUUGUCUUGUACCUUGCUAGCAAACUGGGCAGGCCAAUCAAAGUAGACAAUAUAACCCUCUUGGGUACAAGAGAGAAAUUUGCAAGAGUAUGUGUGGAAGUUGAUCUUAGUCAA